AUGGUGUCUUACAUUUCACAACUUUUUGUUGACCAUAUUAUUCCUCUCUUUGGCCAAAAUCUGAGCAGUACUAGAAUGGAAUACGGUGCGUUGAUGCCGAACACGACGUCGUUUGGAUCGACGCCGUUCUCGGACCCGACCAUGGAAGUGGACUUCAUGGACCAGCUUCUCUUCGACGGUUGCUGGUUAGAGUCAAGCAGCACUACUACAGCCUCAGCCAAUUCCUCAUCUUCUCGAGCCCUAGUGUUUGAUAACUCUUCUUCCCAUUACAACAGCAGCAGCAGCAACAACAACAAUUUAUUUCCUUCUUCUUUCGAACCCAUCUCUUCUUCUAAUCAUGAAAAUCACCUGUUGACCAUAAACCAACUUUAUAAUGACCAAGAAGACAAUUUCCCAGAAAACAACAACAACAACAGCAAUUCUUCAGAGUGCUUUGACUUGCUGGAAGGGAGUGAAGCUGACUUGGGCCGGAGACUCUGGAUGGGAAACUGCAAGAGCUUGUAUGGUGUUCGUGGGUCUUUGGCUCUUCCUAUUUUUGAACGUGGGAGUGGCACUUGCUUGGGUGUUGUUGAGAUUGUCAUGACUACCCAGAAGGUCAAUUACCGACCUGAACUCGAAUACGUCUGCCAAGCACUUGAGGUGUGUGAUCUUAGGAGUUCUCAAAACUUCAGCCCUCCUACAGUAAAGGCUUGUGAUGAGUUAUACCAAGCUGCCUUGAGUAAGAUAGUAGAAGUUCUGAUAUCUGUCUGCAAGAUUCACAGAUUGCCUUUGGCUCUAACUUGGGCGCCAUGUCACCAACAAGGCAAAGGCGGAUGCCACCACUCCGACGAGACCUAUGCUUGUUGUGUCUCCACGGUGGACUCUGCUUGCUUAGUCUCCGAUCUGGAGAUCUUGGGCUUCCACGAGGCCUGCUCCGAGCACCACUUGUUCCGGGGACAAGGCAUCGUCAGAACAGCCUUCACCACCAACAAACCGUGCUUCGCAACCGAAAUAACAGCCUUCAGCAAGACAGAAUACCCGUCUCACCAUGCCAGGAUGUUUGGCCUACGCGCUGCUGUGGCAAUCCCUCUCCGAAGCGUCUACACCGGGUCAUCUGAUUUCGUCUUGGAGUUUUUCUUGCCUAAGGAGUGCCAAGACCCGGAGGAACAAAAGCAGAUGUUGAACUCCUUGUCCAUUGUCAUACAGCAGGCUUGUAGGACUUUACAUGUUGUGGUUGAGAAAGAACAUGAAGAAGAAGUGGUUUUGCCAGUUGGAGAAGCAGUUGUUAAUACUUCAGAUUUGGGAUUUUGCAAAGAAGAAGCUCAGAAAUUGGGAACUUCUAUUUUUGGAGAACCCUCCACAAAAGAGUCUUCCUGGGUUGCUCAUAUGAUGGAGGCUCAACAGCAGGGUAGAGGGGUCUCUGUGUCACUAGAUUAUCAACAGGAGCCCAAAGAAGAAUUUAGAGUGCCAACCCAUUGGGAUAGCAAUAAUGGGGAUUUAGCCAAUAGUCAGGUGUUUACAGAAUUUGGGCAGCUUCAACAGUGUUCUCGAUCCAAAGGCUCGGUUGAGGGAGGUGGAGAUUCUUACUCUUUUGGCGGGUGUCGAUCUUCGGGGGUGAGGAAAGCCGGAGAAAAGAGGAGGACAAAGACAGAGAAGACCAUAAGCUUGCCUGUUCUGCGGCAGUACUUUGCAGGAAGCCUCAAAGAUGCUGCAAAGAGUAUAGGCGUUUGCCCCACCACUCUGAAGAGGAUAUGCGGGUCACAUGGAAUCACCAGAUGACCAUCUCGAAAGAUCAAGAAGGUAGGCCACUCUCUGAGAAAACUGCAACUCGUGAUCGACUCUGUCCAAGGUGCUGAGGGUGCCAUCCAAAUUGGAUCCUUUUACUCGAGCUUUGCACAGCUGAGCUCCCCAAAGUUUCAGGGGAAUGAACAUUUUUCAUCAUCAAAUACAAGUGGUCAUUCAGAUCAAUCAAACUCUCAAAUUGAGAGUGGCUUUUUCAGUCAUCAGUCCGCUAUGAAAUCUUCAUCUUCCUUGUACAGUCAGAAUUCUGGUCCAAGUGUGACUGCUGGACUACAGCAACAUACAGCCACAACCACUGCUUUUUAUGCCUUUACUGGCGAUCAUGCUUUAAUAACAGAAGACCCUUCUGGGGUGAUGAAGAGAGCUUGGAGUGAUGCAGAAUUACUGGCCUCUGCCGCCAACCUAGAAGAAGCAAACCAUAUGACAAGGCCCCAAAGCUAUAAAACAUCAAGUGAUAAUAAUCGUGUUCUCGAGACUCUACCUUCCUUGCCAGAAGGCGGUGAGAGGAACCUGCGAGAGGGGUUUGCCUUCCGAGUUAAAGCAAACUUUGGGGAGAAAAAGAUCAGAUUCAGUUUGCAACCCAACUGUUCUUUCAGAGAUUUGCAGGUAGAGAUCAUGAGGCGUUUCAACCUCGACGAUAUAAGUACGGUCGACAUCAAAUAUCUGGAUGAUGACAGGGAGUGGGUUCUCUUGGCAUGCAAUGCUGACCUGCAAGAGUGUUUGGAGAUACACAAACAAUCUUAGAACCGCACAAUGAGACUCUGUAUUCAUAAAGCUGCUCUACUGAAUGAAGAAGGUCCUUUUGGUAGCAGCAGCAGCCCAUGCUAG